GAUCUUCACCAAAGCUCUGGUACAAUUUAAUGGCACUUAUUUGGAGAAUAAUGAAAUUGUGAUUAUCAGAAAUGGCACAGCUGUUGAUGUAUUACUCGAUGUUAAACGUAAUUAUCCGAGCGAUCUUUGGGUGUCGGUUAACGUAGGCAAACGUGAUGCCAAAACGAGGAAAUAUAUUUCCUUGUUUUCGUAUGAGUUGGAUGUGUGUCAGCUAUUGGGACGCAAGAAUCCAAACGAUAAAUUGAACUGGAUGCAAAUUUGGUUUGAAAACUAUUGGAAGCAAGGCAAUAUGCCCAGAUUCUGUCCGAUUGAGAAGAUAUAAUCCCGGUAUUAUUUUAGAGGUACAGUAGAUCGUGGCAAUAUUUGAGUAUAAGGAGAUCGUAUAGGAUUAUGACCGGACCCGUUUAAAACGAACUUUUGCGAUAUGGUUGAAGUUAAAAGGACUGUGUGAUAAAUGUCAUAUUAUUCAGACAUGGGCUGAGGCAAUAUUGAAACUUUUUUAAUAUAUUUUUAAUUAAGAAUUGGCGUUCCGGAGAUAUCAAGAUUCAUCGACGUACUAAUGAAUCUUAAUACCUCCGAAGGUCUUGAAAAUAUAUUUAAAAUAUGGAGAAAACUGAAAGAAAGAAGCAUACAUCCAAAAUCGAACAUCAAAACCAAGAGUUUGAUGGACAAAGAGAGGGUAAGCUCUGGGCGCUGUUCAACUUAAGGCGUUUUUAACAUAUCCAAAAUUUAGAAAGGCUACCUAAAGGUUGGUAAAGCCUUAGCUUACCAGUAUAGAAAAUAAUUGGGCGGUUUUCAGAAACAUUCGUACGAAAAAGAAGUAUAAUACCACACAUGAAUGUAACUUAGUUAAAUUGUAGCCAGGCUUGACGUCAUCGAAUAAUUUGCAAUUAAUGUUAAAUUAUCAGCAUUGAUGGCGACUUUAAGCUACGAGCUUCACAACGUAAUACGUUUAUAAUUACGGCAAAUUUUCGUGCGACAAUCGAAAUCGAAUUUGUUUGUGGCAAGAAUAUUGAAAAUGCAUAUCUGCGCUGUGCCCAAGCGCUGGCGUACGCUUUACAUAUUCAAUUGCCUGCUCAUUGAAUUAAGUCGACAUUAAUGCAUUUGCGCAGCAACAUUUGGGAAUCCCUGCCAGCUUCACUGCUCCUUUGUAUUGUCUUUUGCGACUGUGGCGCUGUGGCGGCACGCUAUCAAGGCGCAGCACGUCAGCGUGGCGUACGCUUUAACGCCGCCCAUAUGACAUUUAACCACGCCUAUGUGCAUAAUGUCAGCACGGACCUAACCGAUGGCGCCUUGAAUAUCGAGAUGUGGCUGCUGCGUGAUGUGGUGCCGGGCUUCAUGACCAAAUUCGAUGUAUUCAUCAGUCUGUCGGCGGAUAAGAAGCGCUUUCAGAGCAUUUUCGCCUACAAUGUGGACUUGUGUGGACUAAUGAAUAACUUGUCGCGCAUUACUUUGUUGCGUGCUUGGAUGCUAAAUGUAAUUAAAUACAGUAAUCUAAAGCCGCAUUGUCCUUUGGAAGCGGGUCACUAUUAUAUAAGGAACUUUACGGUAGAGAAAGGCAGCAUACCAGUCUAUUUGCAAGCAGGCGAAUACCGCAUCGUCACGCAUCAUUACUACAAAGGGAAGAAGAACAAGAAAGAGAUAAAAGUGGCUGAUUUCCAGGCCGAUUUGGAGAUCGACUGAUUUUAAAGGCUGUUCCAAGAGCCUUUUAGAGAACGGAAUUUUAAUUGAAUAAAUAUAUACCGUUAUUUUAAGAUACCGAGAGAUUUUACUUUCUUAGGCAGGAUACCUAAAGUUGCAGUUUGAGUCUUAGAUCGUUAUUGCAACUGACUCGUGGAAUAGGGGUAUGCUGAGACUUGAGUUUUGAAUUUAAUUCCUUAGUUAGACUGAAUAAAAUCGAGGAUUGACACAGACAGAAUCGUUUACUGGACAGAAACCGUGAGUGAGGUACUGAGAGCAGUGGCGGAUCCUUGAUUUCUUGGUGCGAGGUUUUUCUUUUCUACAAAUUUGUAAUGUUAAUGUUACUUCGACCCAGAGCUCCGCCACUAAUUGAGACAUUAUAAAGUUGAAAACUUUGACUAAUCCAGGAGUUAAGAAUGAAGUCGAUCCCAAGACAGAAAUUGAUAAUGAAAUAGGCAGAGACAGAAUUAUACUCUCAAUACUACGAAGCUCUAGACUGAGGCGAAAGCUGAAUACAGUAGAGUCUGUGCUACCCAAUAAGAUACCUUAACCUCAAAAUAAACAGGACGGAAUUCAACUAAGGAUAAAACCUAGAAACUAGACCUCAACUUGUAAGACGAAAUAAGGAGGAUACUGAUACUGGAGGUGAUGUUUCAGGAUUGAAAAGCGGAGCUCAGGCAAAAAAUUGUUGUUGAGGCUUUGAAAGAUUCAGGAAUAGAAAGCGGAGCUCACGUUAAGCCUAGGACUGAGAUUGAGGCGGUUAGGUACGCUAGGUUAAGAGAUCGCUCCUAACAAUAACUUGGAGAGCUAAGAAUGCCUGUCCAUUGGCAUUCAGGUGUAGAAAGCGGAGCUGACGUUAAGCCCAGGACGGAGAUUAAGACUAUUACGUAGGUUAGGUUAGGAGGGCAAUGCUAACAGGGAUCUCACUUGGAGAGCUUAGUAUGUGGGUCUAUUGUGGUAGCCUUAAAAAUCGGUCAAGCAACUAGCGUCCGUUAAGGUUGUCAGCUUUACCACAUGAAUGAGUAUUGGACAGUGUCCUGCUAAACGCACAUGUGGUCCCUUGGUCAAGUGAUAGAAUUCAAGUUCGAACUCGGUCUCACUCCGAUGUGAGCAGGGCAAGGGUGCCCGCUCUAGCUAUCCCAGCCGCUUUGCAGUCGUCAGCGACUCCGCUAAA